AUGUCGUUUUUAUCCAACGCCUUAAUCGGUAAUCCGUUUUCAACCCCCGUUGGAUUAAAAAUAGAGCAAGCUACUGAUGGAACUUUGGCUUCUGAAAACUGGGCUUUAAAUAUGGAAAUAUGCGAUUUAGUUAACGAAACCGAAGAGGGCCCCAGAGAUGCCGUAAAAGCCAUCCGCAAGAGAUUAACCCAAAAUGCGGGAAAGAAUUACACUGUUAUAAUGUACACACUUACUAUAUUAGAAACGUGUGUUAAGAAUUGCGGUAAAAGGUUUCACGUAUUAGUGUGUAAUAAAGAUUUCAUACAAGAAUUGGUGAAAUUAAUCGGCCCGAAGAAUGAUCCCCCGACGGCUGUUCAAGAAAAAGUAUUAAGUUUAAUACAGUCUUGGGCGAGUGCAUUCCAAUCUCAACCGGAACUGUCCGGUGUUAAUGUUGUUUACCAAGAUUUGCUGGCAAAAGGUAUUGAAUUCCCUCCGACUGACCUCGACUCCCUGGCUCCUAUACAUACUCCAAAAAAGAGCGUAACAACAGAGAAGCCCCCCGCGGUAGAACCUCAUCAACCGCCCCGAAUGGAAUCGGCCUCGCCCCAGCACGCAGUCGCCCAUCAUUCUCCCGGUUCCCUCACACCGGAGCAAAGGGCCAAGCUGCAAUCCGAGCUAGACGUAGUGCAAAGCAACAUGACCGUCUUGGGCGAAAUGUUGCACGAGAUAAAACCGGGCGAAGAGCAGCCCGACGAAGCGGAACUGCUACAAGAGCUGCACGCUACUUGUUUGAGCAUGCAGUAUCGCUUGAUCGAGCUGAUAGGGAAAAUCUCGAACGACGGCCUCUGCGAGGAGCUGCUCCGGAUCAACGACGAGCUCAACAACUUGCUAUUGCGGUAUAGCCGAUGGGACAAGAAUAGGGAGGUGGGGCCCAAACAGUCCGCGUCCGCCGUGCUCGCGAAAGCUACUUUAGAACCCAACGAUAGCCUUAUAGAUUUCGAUGAUGAAAUGCCGAAAGCAUUGAACGGACUGACUCUUACCCCUAACAAAGCCGCAGGCGAUGCUUCGGGCAGUAAACUGAAUAAAAUAGAUAACGAUGAUUUCGAUAUGUUCGCCCAAUCUAGGAAUGUAACUUAUGAAAGUUCGAAGAAAAGUGGUAGUUCAUACAAGGACAACCUCGAUCCGGAUCAAAUCGCGGGCGGUUUGAGUACCAUUACUCAAAGAAAAGCAACGAAAUCAGACGAUCUAGAAAUUGAUGAAAUGGCCGGUUGGCUAGGUAGAACGAGUGGCGUCGAAGAAUCCGUAACAAGUAGCGAUUUCGAUAGAUUCCUAGCCGAAAGGGCGGCUGCUGCAGAAAAUUUGCCCACGAUAGCUUGCUCGACUAGCACCAAAUCUACGACAUCGACCAAAGAUAAAAAAGCUGAUAUGUCUGCAUCGUAA